GAGUGCGCAUACUCAUAAGGCUGCAUGGAAGUUGGGUUAGCGAAUGUUGGGUGAUAUGCAGUGAUAUGUAAAAAUCAACAUGUUUGCAAAUAAUGUAAGAUGUGUUCCUGUUAUUGUUGGAAAUAUUCUCAAGAUUUCAAAUACACUUGCAAGGAACUAUGCAUUCAAAUCUAAUUUAAAAAUUAAAUGGGUACGUCCAGAGAAACCAUCCUGUAUCUCAACUGAAAUUAGUGGUGAUUUAGGUUUAGAUGUUAAAGUUGAUCCAAAUGAAUACUGCAAAAAAUAUUGGAACUCAAAAGAACUUGAAGAUGCCGAUGAUAUUGUUAAAAAAAUGUUUACCCUUGAUUUUAACAAACGGAAAACAACUGUGGUUGUACAACGUGAAAAAAUAACAAGUCUUGUGAAAAAUCAUUUUAUGGAUACAACGUCUAUGGAGACAAUCAUUGCUAAAAUGACCAAUCAGAUUUUACAACUGCAAGAGUAUAUGAAGGAUCAUCCAAGAAAUUUACCAACCAAAACGCAUUUGAAAGAACUUAUUGAAAAAAGAAAAAAGUUUCUGGGUUACUUGAGACAGUGGGAUUACAAACGUUUCGAAUGGCUUCUUGAAAAAUUAAACAUUAUUUAUAAGCCUCAUCCUCAUCAAUACCUCCCAGUAACCAGAAAAGAUUCCUUGAGAAAAUUAACAACCAAACAUUGCGACAAAUUGGUGCAAGAAAAGUUGGAUGCUUAUAGAAAGGAAUUGGAGGAGGAGCAGAAAAUUUUUUUUAAAGAAAAGGCUGAAAAACUUGCAUUCAUCAGAGCAGAAGAAAUAGCAUGUGGUGUCACUCCGACUGUCACAGAAGAACAAAUUGAAGAUGUAAGAAAAAAGGCAGCUGAAUUACAAUAAUUAGUUGAAUCGAUGUAAAAUUAGUGUGAAUAGACACAUAAAAGGAUGAAUUAUAUUUUA